AUGGGAGUCUUUCAUACUUCUUUUGUGUUGGAAACAUCUGAGCAUCAUGUGUUACCCUGGGAUCUCUUACUCACAGAGUCCGAGGUGGAAUGGACCUCGAUACAGCCAUCGGUGACAAUAUCAAGGCCGGGAGAGCAGCGCCCCUCACGCUCUGAGACGCAAACGGAGGAAGAGGUGGAGAUGGAGCUUGCCCUCAAGCAUCCUGACCGACGGAAUCCCGACAUCGGGCGAGUGGUGCGUGUCAUCAAAGGCCCUUUGAAGGGAUUUGUGGGCACAUUGCGAAAUGUCAUGUACCACGGCGAUUAUGAGGUUGAGCUUGAAGCCAAGCUUUUAACCUCAAGGGGCAUCCUCUUGUUCUGA